UCCUUCUUGGCGGUGGAUUUCCUUGUCUACAUGGUUAUAUGUGUGCAUGUAAUGGUUGUACAGGCAUUAAAACUUAUUAAUAAUGCUUGUUGACAGAGUUCUGUUUGGGAUUAAUUGGAUGAUAAGAAAGGAAUACUGACUAGUGAUUACUGAGGUUCUCUUUUUAAGUGCUGUUGGGUUUGAUGGGGGUGGGUUUUGAAUUACCAUCUCAAUUGGGUUUUGCUUGGAUUGCAAAACCAGUAGUUGCUGGCAUCAAGGGCAUUCCAUCAAUUUCUUUUGCAUGGAAACUGGUUUCUGCAGUUGGGUUCUUGCAGUUACAAUGUGUUGUUGGCUACUCCUCCUUUCUAGAGUAUGCUCUGGAGGAAAUUUGAAUGGAGUCGGUAAAGUAAGAGGUGUGAACUUGGGAGGAUGGUUGGUUGUGGAAGGAUGGAUUAAACCUUCUCUGUUCGACGGUAUCCCCAAUGGGGAUAUGCUUGAUGGAACCCAAGUGCAGUUCAAAUCAAUGGCGCUGCAGAAGUAUGUUUCUGCCGAAAAUGGAGGAGGUCAAGCCGUAACUGUAGACAGAGACGUACCUUUAUCUUGGGAAACCUUCAGGUUGUGGAGAGUAUCUGAGACAGAAUUUCAAUUCCGUUCCCUUGGAGGCCAGUUCCUGACAUGUGAUGCUGAAGGGGAUUCUGUAACAGCAACAGCAGAAUCACCGUCCAUGAAAGAAACAUUUUCUGUUGAAAGAAAUAGUGAUAACAGGAUUCACAUUAAACUUAAAAGUGGUACCUAUCUUCAGGAACAUAGAAACAACUUUAUCAAACAGGAAGACUUUAUUUUCCUGUACAGGCAUGGGAUAAAUACAGUGAGGAUACCAGUUGGUUGGUGGAUUGCCCAGGAUCCUAAUCCACCACCACCUUUUAUUGGGGGUUCUCUGGCAGCCCUUGAUAAUGCAUUCUCAUGGGCACAGAUGUAUGACAUAAGGUGCAUUAUUGACCUUCAUGCAGCUCCAGGAUCCCAAAAUGGAAUGGAACAUAGUUCCAGUAGAGAUGGUUCAGUAGACUGGCCGAGAUAUCCAGAUUACAUCUCACAAAGCCUGGAUGUUAUUGAUUUUUUGGCUUCCAGGUAUGCAAACCAUCCUGCCCUGUUGGGGAUUGAACUUUUGAAUGAGCCCUCUGCCUCCAGUGUUCCACUGGAUGUCUUAAUUUCAUACUAUUCAAAAGGGUACCAAAUUGUACGGAAGUACUCGUCGUCCGCUUAUGUGAUUAUUUGCCAGCGAAUCGGCAAUGCAGAUCCAUUGGAGCUAUAUCGAGCCAAUAUUGGAUUCUCAAACAUUGUGGUGGAUUUGCAUUACUAUAACCUCUUUGACCCUUUUUUCAUUAAUAUGAGUGCUGUUGAUAACAUUGACUUCAUAUUCAAGAGUAGGCAAACACAACUUCAGGUCCUGAACAAAGCAAAUGGUCCGCUAGUCUUUAUCGGGGAAUGGGUAAAUGAAUGGAACGUGAUGAGUGGGUCUCAAGUGGACUAUCAAAAUUUUGGAAGGGCCCAGUUGGAGGUUUAUGAUACAGCCUCCUUUGGAUGGGCAUAUUGGACGCUCAAGAAUGACAGAAAACACUGGGAUUUUGAAUGGAACAUCAAAAAAAAGUAUCUCCAAUUAGGUGAUUCAUCAAAGCAGAAAAUUUCAAGUGGUGCUUGGUGGUUUGCAUUGGCAUAUUGGUGUCUUAAUUCUCAUUACAUAUACUGACGGAGCAAACUAAAGUUACUUCAUAUAUACAGAAUAGAAGAGCAAUAUCUUCAGAGGCUUUCUUUGCCUUUCAUGGCUCAUCAUCACACGCAUAUCUGAACUGUGAGUGUUUCAAACAGCAUCUGAGAAAAGAUCAGAGCAUCCACAGAUUAUGAAUACCCUUGUAAAACAUUGAGGCUCAUAUUUGACAUUCUUUUUUGAUACUAUAUAUUCAAAAGAUCACAUUCAGUUUUUGCUUCCAAAAUAA